AUGCAACUCCCACAAUCGUUGCUACGGGUCAAAGAGGCUCUCUCCCGAUUUGUGGACCGAUACAAUAGAUUUGGAAGAAGAGUAUUCGGACCCAAGGUGUUGCUCGGCUACUUGGUCAUUUUGAAUUUAUUUAUUUAUUUUGAUAGAGGAGUAGUUUCUGGUAUUCUUGAUAAAUUAGAAAAGAAGUGGGACCUGUCUAAAAGUGAGCAGGGUGGACUCGGAUCGGCUUUUAUGGUGGGAUAUAUGAUAUUUGGUCCAAUUUUUGCACAGUUAGCUGUUAAAAUUCCUCUAAAGUUUGUCAUGUUUAUUGGACUAGUAAUAUGGGCAUGUUUAACAAUCUUGUGUGGAUUCACAGGAAUUAUCAGUGAUAAAACUGGAUUCUUUUUAUUGGCUGCAUGUCGUUGCUUGGUUGGUGUCGGUGAAGCUGCCUACGCACCAGUCGCUCCGACCUUACUUGACGAUGUAGCUCCAGCCAAAUACAGAACGAUCUAUAUGGGUAUUUUCUAUUUGGCCAUGCCUGUUGGUGUUGCAUUAGGGUAUGGUGUGAGCAGUCUUAUUGCUUCCUUCUUGGAUUGGACCGUUGUAUUCAUUGGAGAGGGAAUUGCAAUUGUUCCCUUCGCCCUUCUUCUCUUGAUGAUCCCUCCAUCAGAUCAAUACAGAAAAGACAGAAUUGAACGAGAAGAAAGUGAACGUAUUUUAGGUGAGAAUAAUUCACUUUUGGAAAAGAGAGAGGAAAGUAGCUCUCAAGUCAGCAGUCUUGAAAAUUCUGAGAGUCAAGCCAGUGUUGCAGUGCUGAGCGAAACCGAUGUGACGAGUCAAGCUGCUGAUGGAAACGCACCAGAGGAAGAUAGACACUACCAUUUAUUCCAAGCUAUUUAUCAUCUAGUUAAGAAUCCAGUUUACAUGUUUGCAUUGAUGGGCUAUACCAUGUAUACCUUUGUGAUUGGUGCUCUUGCAUUUUGGGGUCCCACUCUUGUUUCUAAAACUCUCCACAUCCCAAUGUAUGCAGCAAGCUUGGCCUUCUCUGCUGUGAGUGUUGUUACAGGAAUUGUGGGCUCUAUUACUGGAGGUAUUGUGUUGGACAAAAUUGGAGGAAGUAAGGGAAUGGCUGGAAGUGCUAGAGGAUUAAUGUUGUGUGCAAUCUUUAUUUUUAUUGCACUCUUGAUUGGGUUUGGUGCCUUUUCGACGGACAUUAUUGCUGUCUAUUUUAUUUUGCUGUUUAUGGCCGAGUUUUUCAUUUUUAGCAUUACAAGUCCUGUAAAUGUUGCCUUUUUGUCAGUGGUGUCAACAAACCUUAGAAAUUACAGUAUGAGCUUCCAAAUUUUCGUCAUUCAUGCCAUUGGCGACUUCCCUUCACCCUAUGCAAUGGGUUGGUUUGCAGAUUAUAUUGGAAAGAAAAACGGACUCAAGAUUAGUAUUCUUUUCUUGUGGUCGAUAUUGGCAUUUAGUGUCAUUUUCUUUUUCUUUGGAUUUUUGAUUGCACGAUCUAAGGCAAAGAUGGAAGAAAAACGACAAGCAUUGCAAGAUUUGAAGAAGGAAAGUUAUCAACGAGCAAAAUCAGGACUUUAA